AUGGUGAAGUACUCGCAAGAACCCGACAAUCCUACCAAGUCUUGCAAGGCUAGAGGUUCUGAUCUCAGGGUCCAUUUCAAGAACACUAGAGAAACAGCGCACGCCAUCAGGAAGUUACCGUUGUUGAAGGCGAAAAGAUACCUUGAAGAUGUUAUAGCUCACAAGCAAGCAAUCCCCUUCACGCGUUUUUGCCGUGGUGUGGGACGAACAGCACAAGCUAAAAACAGACAUUCCAAUGGCCAAGGUCGCUGGCCCGCCAAGUCUGCAAAUUUCAUUCUUGACUUGCUCAAGAACGCCGAGAGCAACGCUGAGGUGAAAGGUUUGGAUGUAGACGCUCUCUUCAUAUCUCACAUUCAAGUGAACCAAGCACAGAAGCAAAGGCGCAGAACUUAUCGUGCUCACGGACGAAUCAACCCUUACAUGUCAAACCCAUGCCACAUUGAGCUUAUCUUGUCCGAGAAAGAGGCGCCAGUGAAGAAAGAACCUGAGACGCAAUUGUCUUCGAGUGGCAAGUCGAAGAAAUCAUCUGCUUAG